GGCCGAUGGAGUUCGCGGGAAACCGGCUGUAGUCGAGACACAAAAGCGUAACUGGACCCCGAAUUACACAACCGCCUUUGAUACAAAAUGAACGUGUCAUUAAUCGACUUGUUUUAAACCGUCCCGGUUAAAAACCGAGUAGUGACACCGCUUCAAAACCGCCGUGUCUUGAGGACCCGCUGCCAUGCUAGCGUCGGACGUGUGCUAACGUGAGCUAGCUAGGUUGUCUCAUUGGCUAACGGGAGCGUUGUGCUUCAUGCGACAGGACGCAGAGGAUACUGCUGACUCGAGAGGGACAAAGGGCUGCCACUGUCACACACGAACACGUCGUGAACAUGUUCAACUUGGAUCGUUUUCGUUUUGACAAUAAUAAAGCGACGACCGCAGAUAAAGACCAGGACAGCGGGUCCACUAGCCCAGAGUCCGAGAAGGAGAACAAGCCAGCUCAAAUGAAACCUGUCAAAGCAACACCGAAGUCCCAUGCCCAAGGAGUGGUUUUUGAGGAAGUCCUUACUAUUGACUUGGAGGAAGAUGAGCUCCUCUGUGAAACAAUGUCCAAAUCACCAUUAACUAAGAAGUCCAAGAAUCCCAAUGGAAAGUCAUCCAAAAAUGAAGCAUCAAAUGAGGAGGACGACGAAAUGGAUGAGAAAAUGAAUGUAAUACUGGAGAUGUUUCCUCAGUUGACCAGGACGGAGGUGCUGGAGGUCAUUGGGAGCACCAGCACAUUGGAUGGUGCUGUUGCUGCGUGCCUGUUAAAGUUUGGUGAUAAAGAAGCCCCAGACCAAGGCAGGAAGAGAAAGCAGGAUGGAUCCAGCAGUUCCCAGGAAAGUUCUGAGGUUCAAACCAGCAAGAGGAGCAAGAUAACAGUGAUUUCCGAUGACGACGACGACAGAGAGCCGAGCUGGGAGAAGCAGGAGGCCAUGGUCCGAAAGCUGCAGAAGAAGUUUCCCGACCAGGACAAGGAGGAGCUGAGGCUGGUGCUGCUGGAACACGACUGGAACGUCGCGGAUGCUCGGCAGGUUCUACAAAUGUUCUCCGACUCAGAUGACACCAGUUUCGGCACACCUGACAAAGAAGAAAAUAAAUCGAGUCCGUCGAAGAGUAAAGAGAAGUCGAGCCAGGACCACAGGAAGUCGGAGCACCACAAAGAUCACAGUGACAGUGAAAGUAGGAGAAACGAAAAGGACCACAGGAAUACGAGUGAAACCGAGGAGGAGAGUGAAAAUGACACAGACGCUACAAAGGACAGUGAAGAGUCGGACUCAGACCACCACGAAGGUGCAAAAAACAGAAGUAGCCCUUCCACUAUGUCGACAUGGCUUAAAAAAAGUUCCGACCCGGGAUCCUCAUCCUCUUCUGUCUCGAAAACAACUACCUCUUCCUCCCUGAAGCCAUCGUCCUCCUCUUCCUCCACUGUUCAGAUGCUGUCAAGAUUUGCCAGUGGGACCAGUAUAGCUAAGAAGCAGGCAGCCGAGAGGAAGAUGAAGGCACUUGCCUCAAACGAACAUGUCAGUUCUGAAGAGGAAAAUGACAUGGAAGAGGAAGCGGUGAGCAGUGAAUUUGAGGACUCUGAUGAAGAGCUGGAUCCUAAAGGCAGCAUGACGGAUCUGAAGAAAGAGAUGCUCAAAUUCUUCCAUGAUGCGUCGAUCGAUGAGCUGUCGCUAAUUGCUGGUUGCUCUGUUAAAAAGGCCCAGAAGAUUUUGGAACUGAGGCCCUUUGAAUCCUGGCAACAGCUGGUGGAGCGCUUCGUUAAGGCCAACGGACUGUCGGACUCUUUACUGCUGGGCUGCAAAGUUGUCCUCAAAGAGCGGAAGGUCGUCCAGGGACUGAUGUCCAAAUGUAAAACCAUUUCCUCAAAAAUGGUCAAACAGGUCACUGAGGUGAUGGAGAGGGGCACCGGGGCCAUGACACAGCCCGUGCUGCUCAACAGCCCAAACCAGCUGAAACCCUUCCAGCUGAUUGGUCUGAAGUGGCUGCUGCUUCUGAACGAGCACAAGCUGAGCGGCAUCCUCGCCGAUGAAAUGGGUUUGGGGAAAACUAUCCAGGCUAUCGCGUUUCUGGCCGAGCUUUACGAGCGGGGAAUAGACGGCCCGCACCUCAUCACAGUUCCCGCCUCCACAUUGGAUAACUGGGUCAGAGAGCUGAAGCUGUGGUGCCCGACGCUCAAAGUUCUCGUCUAUUGUGGAUCUGUUGAGGACCGCCGCUACCUCAGACACGACCUCCUCAAUAAUGCUACUGAUUGCAACGUCAUUGUGACCACCUACAACAUGGCCAUCGGAAACGAAAGCGACCGCAGCCUUUUUCGUAAGCUGCCUCUGAAGUAUGCCGUGUUUGAUGAAGGUCACAUGCUGAAGAACAUGAACUCUCUGCGCUACCGCCACCUCAUGUCUAUUAACGCAGAGCAUCGCUUGCUGCUGACAGGAACUCCUUUACAGAACAACCUCUUGGAGCUGAUGUCUCUCCUGAACUUCAUCAUGCCUUCUAUGUUCUCCAGCUCCACGACUCAGCUUUCCAAAAUGUUUUCUAUGAAAUCCCACGAGGAGCAGAGCCGCUUUGAGAGGGAUCGUAUUUCUCAGGCCAAACUCAUCAUGAAACCUUUUAUCCUCAGAAGAGUCAAGAGCGAGGUCCUCAAGCAGUUGCCAGCCAAGGAAGCCAAAGUCGAGUCCUGUCCAAUGAGUGAGAAGCAGCAGGCUCUCUACCAGAACCUCUUCAACCAACUCAAGGCUUCUACGAGCGGCGAGAAACGUGAGUUGUGUAACGUGAUGAUGCAGUUGAGGAAGAUGGCCAACCACCCGCUGCUUCAUAGACAGUACUACACCACAGAAAAGCUCAAAGCCAUGAGCAAACUCAUGCUCAAGGAGCCAACUCACUAUGACGCAAACGCUGCUCUGAUCCAGGAAGACAUGGCAGUGAUGUCGGACUUUGAGCUGAACCGUCUGUGCCAGCAGUACUCCUCCAUCGGCUCCUACCAACUGGAAAAGAAUCUCCUCCUCGACUCUGGCAAAUUCCACCACCUCACGAAGCUACUGGCCUCACAUAAAAACAAGGGGGACCGAGUGGUGUUGUUCAGUCAGUUCACCAUGAUGCUGGACAUUGUGGAGGUGCUGAUGAAACAUCUGAAGCAUCGCUACAUCAGACUGGAUGGAUCUACGCCCAUAGCGGACAGGAUCGGGUUGAUUGACGAGUACAACACGGAUCCUGACAUAUUUGUGUUCCUGUUGUCGACGCGUGCCGGGGGCCUGGGCAUCAACCUCACCUCGGCGAACGUCGUCAUCCUCCAUGACAUCGACUGCAAUCCCUACAACGACAAACAGGCAGAGGACCGAUGUCACCGUGUGGGCCAGACCAAGGUUGUCAAGGUGAUUAAGCUGAUCAGUAAGGGCAGCAUCGAGGACUGCAUGCUGCAGCUGAGCCAGAAGAAACUGAAGCUGGAGCAGGACAUGACCGCUGCUGAAGGUGGUGAAGGAACCAUUCCCGAAGAUAUGGCCUCUUUGCUCAAAGCCUCACUGGGACUGUGAUUCGCUAACGUAAAACCAGAGACUGUACAAAUACAUUUUUGAUGGCAUUCCUGUGAUUCUGUUUAGGCUUCAGUGUUGUGACCGAACACACACACACACCGUUGUGUCUAUACGGGGAAAAACUACUGGGAACCAUCUGCUGCCAUGGGACAUGAGCUCUGACAUUGAGAUCUAAUCUGCUGUGAUGCAUGGUAGCUGUGCCUAAAACACUAUUUUUACAUGCACACAGUUUCUUCUCCGACUUUGAUGAAAUCAAAAUUUAGAUGUAAUGCGCUCCACAUGUUACGCAAGGAUUCUGUAGAAACGUGAGAGAAAGUGGUUUAAAUGUUCAUAUAAAACCGUCAGUAAUGCAGCAUGCAUUGGACAAAGGUCCCUCGUUUAAUAAGUUAACCCAUGCAGUCGUACGUUGUUCACAUUCCGAAAACGAUACUGUGGGCUGGUAAGGAAAGUGAUGGAGUGGUAGAUUUCUAUAUCACCUUUCAUGCCUGAUGGUGUUGCAUUUCGGGUACUGCUCUUACUUUACAACGCUUAAAUGAUACUGGAAUGUCCUCAGACGCCAUAACUGAUCAAACUUUAUUGACUCUUGUCUGAGAAAGUCAGCACGUGUCCGACAGAUUGUUUUAUCUGUCGCCUUUCAUCCUGAUGUCAGAUUUACGUACAUUUUCUUGACGGAGGCUGACUGACUGACCUUUCUAGACUGAGCAUACCUGGUUGUGUGGGUGUCGUCGAUGAAUUUAGUACACAAUAAUCCCAGUUUCUUUCUUGAGUUUAAAACAACAAAAACUCUUCUUUGCCCUUUCUACUCCUUUUAAAUAUGUUGAGCGGAGGAACACGGAGAGGAUGAAGCAGCUGCUGCCUUCGUACUGUAUAAGUGGUGUGUGUGUUCUAACUGUACAAGUGUUAAUGUUAAAGCGUUAAGUCAUUUGUAUGUUUUUAAGGUUCCCGUUUGAACUGAAUAAAAAAAAUUGGAAUAAAAGUGUGUCAUGACGACAGUGAUUCAGCAGUAGGAAAAAAAAUGUUUGCACAGUUGGGAAAUGCUUCCCUGUAUUUGACCAGCCUUAGUUAUGAAGGAGCAGCAGUGGGGCUGCAGUGAAGCGCCCGGGGAGCAGCUGGGGGGAGUGUCUUGCUCAAGGGCACUUUGACAUGCAUCUAAUGGGAGAGCAGGGAUUGAACCGACUACCUUGUGGUUACUGGACAACCACUCUCCCCAGUUAAUGAUUUUAUUACUGUGGCACAAGGUUUGGCAACAACUCGGUCUGGUUUCCACUAAUCUUCAGAAAUAGGAAAUGGAAAAUGGCCCCUUUUUGAGUUUUAAUUUUGAAUGGCAGUCUGCUAAGAUUAUUUCAUGAAAUGCUAAUUCAUAUAAACCGUUCAGCAUGGUAUAAUAUUUAGAUCUGUAGACUGAUACUAAAUGAAUUGUACUUAAUCCACAAUGUUGCUUCUACACAUGAACAAUUCACAUGUUUGCUUUUUUCUUGAGUUAUUCAAUGUGUUGCUUUUGUUACUGUACAUGACACAUAUAUGUAUAUAUAUAUACACAUGUAUAUAUAUACACAUAUACAUACAGGACUGUCUCAGAAAAUUAGAAUAUUGUGAUAAAGUUCUUUAUUUUCUGUAAUGCAAUUAAAAAAACAAAAAUGUCA